AUGCUCUUUCUGCCGCUUGAGCUUCCUGCCUAUGAUGCUGGCUGUGCACCUAUGAAGCGGCCUGCCGCGCUGGACCUCUUCCUCGUCGCUGCCCUCUCUUUCGGCGUGUCUGUGCUGUGCGCAGCCGCAACCGACCUGAUCCCGUGGAAGCUGCGGGAGCUACCGACGGCCAUGAGGUGGAGGGCUCGUGCCACCGUGGCCUCACUGCACCAGCCGGUGGCCGUGCUGUUCCUGCUGCCGCCCAGCGAAGCUUUGGAGAUCUUUCUCUUCACCGGUGGCAACCAGUGGACCAUUAGUGCACCACGCAACUUGUGGCUCACACUGUUCUACCUUCUCGGAGCCUGGUUCUUCGAGCUCUUGGUGCGCUGGCCACACGGGGCACGGGUGAAUGUGCAGGCGGCCCAUCAUCUGGGCUUCCCUGCCUUUGCGCUGCACAACAUCAUCAGUGGCUGUGCCGUCCCAGGUACCGCCGUGGCCUGCUACACCGAGCUGACCGUCUUCUUUACUAGCUCCUUCUGGAUCGCCAAGAUGGUCGGUGCUGGCGACCUCGUCCUUGUGCCCAUCAAAGUCGGUAUGGUCAUCUUCACCUUCGUCCUCCGCGGCGGCUGUGUGCUGCUGCUGGACCUCCGGGCCAUCCUCAACGAUCAGUCCUCGCUGCCUGUUGCCAGCUGGCUGACCCAGUGCCUGGCGCUGGUGGGCAUGAACGUCCUAAAUCUACUCAUCCUCCGCUUGGUCUCUGGCGCAGUAAUGCGCGGAUCAAAGGUGGAUUCGGGCUGGACCUCAACUGUGAUGGAGCGUGCGCUGAAGCUGGCCAUGCAUCACCUGGGCCCCGCAGUUUCUGAGCGGAUCCUGCUCGAGAUGCAGAACGCACAUGAGGAUUCCUCCCAUCCUUCCAGCUUGGAACGACUUUUCCAGCUCUUUCGGCAGCCGCCCUUCCUGGAGGAGAAGGCAGCUGUGUCCACGCCUAUCCCCAACGGCCCGGGCUCUGUGCCGGGAGGAGGAGGUCAUGUCGAGGCCCAGCCAUGUCCGAGCGUCGACGGCGUGGACAGGGAGAAGCUGCGUGAGAUGAUGAUGAGACUGGCAGCGGAAGCUGCCGGCUUCCCUGUGGAGGCCGAGAAGCCCCUGCUGGAUUCUGGGAUGGACUCCAAGGCCGCUCUGCAAUUCUCCAACAAGCUCUCGAGGGAGCUGCCCGGCCUGCGCCUGCCCAGCACCCUCGUCUUCGACUACCCCACGCUCUCAGCUGUGGCAGCUUAUGCUGAAGAAGCGCAACGUCCAAGAGCGCGAAAAGAGCACAGGGAGAUUAAGAAACCACCGGCGUCCUCUCCCAGCUCGAGCGAUCCUCUGUCCGUCAUUGGUGCGGCGUGUGCUUUUCCAGGCGACGCUUCCAGUCCCGGGAAGUUCGGUGCGCUCUUGGCAUCCGGCACUGACGGCAUUGUUGAGGUGCCCUUCACACGCUGGGAGCUGUGCGAGUACUACGAUCCCAAUCCUGAUGCGCCGGGGAAGAUGUAUCCGUGCCACGCGGCUUUCAUCGAGGGUGCCGAAGAUUUUGCUGCAUCCUAUUUCAACAUCUCUGCACCGGAGGCACGGGCCAUGGAUCCGCAGCAGCGCUUGGUACUGGAGGUGUGCCACGACUCACUCCUGGACAGCACGUUUUCGCGUGAGGCACUGCUCGGUAGCUCGACUGCCGCCAUUGUUGGAGUGUCGAACAACGACUGGAUUCAAGUCCAGUCCGGCGACAUACGAAAGCUUAACCCUUACACGGCGACCGGCACCUCCGCAUCCGUCGCUGCUGCUCGUGUGGCUUUCUGCUUGGGCCUGAAGGGCCCAGCCUACGUGGUGGACACGGCCUGCUCCUCUGCGCUGGCCAGGGACCAAGCGGGUUGUCACCACGAGGACGGUCACACGCAUUUGAUGCCUCCGCUGAUGGCUACGGUCGCGGAGAGGGCGCAGGCGCGGUGGCGCUGUGUCCGCUCCGCAGGGCGGACGGCAGCGCUCGCGGCAGCGCUCGUGCUGCCGGGCUGCAAACAGACGCAGAAAGCGCUCCGCAGGGCAGAGCGGCAGAGCACGGCAUUUGAGGCAGCUCUACGAGGAACAGCGGUGAACCAGGACGGCAGAAGCUCGACCAUGACGGCGCCCAAUGGUCCCUCACAGACCAUGGUUGUGGCCGCGGCCCUGGCGGAGGCGAUGCUUUCGCACCACCAGGUGAGACAUUUCGAGGCCCAUGGCACGGGAACGCCCUUGGGCGAUCCGAUUGAGGUGGGGGCCCUUCAGGCCGGCAGCCUCGACGAGGGUCCAAGGCAGCAGCCCCUGGGCGUGGCCGCGGUGAAGACCAACGUGGGCCACCUCGAGGCCGUCGGAGCUGCUGCCUCUCCUGGGCUGCUCAAGACCGUGGCCCUCCUGAGCCGGCGCACCGCAUUGUCGCUGGUGCACCUGCAUGCGCUGAAUCCGCACCUCACCUUGCUAGAGGACGUGCCGCAGGUCUUCCCCUCAGAGCACUUCCCGCUCGCUGCUGCGCGGAAGCCGAGAACUGGUGGCCUGUCCUCCUUCGGCUUUGGAGGCGAGAGUCGAAAGCCAUCUGCUGCAGUGACAAGUGACGGUGAGCUGCUAGUGAUUCCCAAGUGGCUUGACGACACUCGGUUCUCUAUCAGACGGGACAUCUGA